GCGCUCUUGCCCCUGCCCUGUCUGUAAAGUCCUUUGUAUGAAUUGCGAGCAAACAGGCAAUCCCACCGUGCCCCAUUCGCUUGCAGACGACUGUAGCCGCUGGAUAGAAACAACUACUGUCGCUGCAAAUGCAUCUGUCAGAAAGAGAAAGACGCGCAAUAACUUCUUCAACAAUCGAGUGAUAGCCUACAGUUUUCAAAGUUACACCGUUUUACCUUCGUUUACCAAGUCCGUCGUUGAUAGUGCGACGUACGUUGAUAAUGUAAGUUUUUUUCUUUCUUCAGUAAAACCGCGAACGCAUGCGAGAGCAUCACAGUUUUCCAUUUUUAGCAUCCAACCCUAGACUUUUGCCCAGUUCGACCAUCGGUCUUCAUAGUACCUUCAACUUUUGAGGACUCAAAAGUAGACGCCGGAGUGGAAAAGCUUGUGUGGAGAUUGAUGUUUUACUGAAAUGGACGUGAGAGUAUAUCCACCUCCACCACAGUCUUUAUCAGCAACAGAUUCUUCCCGAUUGGGACCAUUGCAGUAUCCUGAUUCCCCGUACUGCAAUAAGUACAACAGUGAGACCAUGUUCCUGGGCAUGCCAGAGGCUGGCCUGGACUUUGUGCCAACCAACCAGUUCCGUGUGCCUCCCAACCCCCACCAGACGCAGACCAGCGCCAAGCAGACUGGACCCCUGUGGAAACGAGAAGGCUCUGCUCACUCCGAUGGCCCCCGGCUACCCUGGUCCUACCCAGUGCCCAGUUUGGGGGAUGAAGACUUCAACAUUCCCCCCAUCACGCCUCCCACCAUCCCAGAACACAUGCUGCACCCCCACCUACCAGAGUCGGAGUCUGGCUCCUACCACCCGCUGGCACCCUCUCACUCCCAGAGUGGCCUGCACCCCUUCCACUUGCAGGGAAUGGACAUGAUGGGUCAGGAUGGAGGGCUGUUGAGCCAAAAUGGCGGCCUAAUGUCCAGCACCCUGUCUGUGAUGCAACAAAUGGUCAAUUCCGAUUCCCGGUACAGCAGCCAUCAGCCAAUGGAAGCGCUCAGACCCAGGAGCCAAUCAGGCAUGGGACAUCAGAGUCAGCUGACCACCAUCAACCAAUCACAACUCAAUGCCCAGUUGGGACUGAGCGGGAACAACGUUACCCAUAAUUCCCCAUCUCCCCCUGGGAGCAAGUCGGCCACACCCUCUCCUUCUAGUUCCGUACAUGAGGAUGACAAUGAAGAAUCAAUAAAGGCAGAGAAGCGACCGGCAGCGGUCGAGACUCCCAAAAAGCCCAAGACCCCCAAGAAGAAGAAGAAGAAGGACCCCAACGAACCCUCGAAACCAGUUUCUGCCUACGCCCUGUUCUUCAGAGACACCCAGGCAGCCAUCAAGGGCUCCAACCCCAAUGCUACCUUUGGAGAGGUGUCCAAGAUAGUGGCCUCCAUGUGGGACGGCCUCGGAGAGGAACAGAAACAGGUGUACAAAAAGAAGACAGAGACUGCCAAGAAGGAAUACCUGAAGCAGCUGGCGGCAUACAGAGCAAGCCUGGUCUCACAGAGUUACAAUGAGCCAGGUGAGGUCAAAGUGUCCCAGGCCUCCUCCAUGCUGGGCCCCAAGCCCCCCGUGUUCCCCGGAUCAGGCCACCAGCACCCCCAGCAGCACCCCCACCCCCAUCACUCCCACCCCAGCCUCUACAUGAGCCACCCUUACCAUCACCAGAGCCACCACCCCCACCCCCACCACCAGCAACAGCAGUCCCAGCAGCACCAGGCCGGCCUCAGCCCCCACCUGUCCCCCCUCCAAGGUCUCUCCCGGGGGGUGACCCCCCGGCCCAGUGGACCCCAUUCAGGUGGGGUGUCUCUGGGCAGCAUGGCGGCGGUGUCCCCCCCUCCUUUCCAGAUCAGCCCGCCGCUCCACUCCCACUCCCACCUAGGAAUGCACCACCAGCAACAGCUCGGAGGACACCCGCUGUCUCUGCACUCACCCUCAAUGGGACAGGGAUUCCCUCUCCAAUCAGAUUUCCAGAACAUGCUCAACUCGUCCGGUGGGCAGGGACUGUCCCCAUCCAUGGACUACAGACAGGUGUGUCGAAAUGGGCCCAGCCAGCACCUCGACUGGACCAGCGAAUACUGUGGCAAUGGAGCUCUUCAGAGAGACAAGCCUCUGUUCCUGACCUGAUCUGACCUCUAACCUCUACACACCUCCACUCAACCACCCAUGGACCGGAUCGCAACCAGACCCGGUCAACAUUCAGUCCCACUCUUUAUUCACUGAACCAAGGCAUGAUUAUCCUCUCCCCCAGUAGAAAGUCCUUGACCACCACCCCCCACUCUGGCUGAACCAUCUGACCAACUGACCGUCACUCAAAAACAAGAAAGACAUAAGCACAUAUUGCAAAACAUCCAUAUUUUGAUAUUUGUGGUUCUUUAUGAUCUACCUUGAAAAAAAUCAUACUGAUGUCAUGAGUGGGUUUCAGAUAGUUUUGUAACAAACACCCUCCCCUGAUAUUAGAUUUUAAAAAAUGUAAAGUUCUGGACUUUUUAAUUGUUGGAUGGCCAUAGAGGCAGAAAGAAAAGGUGCUCAAAGAGUUGAACGAAUAGGCAGCAAUGUCACAUCUACUGAUGUGUCGUUGGAUCGUUACUGAUAUAUCGUUAGAUUGUGUUUUGAGGAAGACAAAGCUGAUGACCAUAUUUUUGAUCAUGACCGUUGUUGAAAUCCCAGAAGUUAAUUUAGCACUUAGGGGCUUUUUUUUCUCCACACAUAGCAAGAUGUAAACCAAAACCCCAAACUAACAAGACUUUUUAAAAGGAAAGACAAGAUGUUUUAGCCUUCAAAAGAAAUUAACAAAGAACACAUGUAUUAUACUUCUCUCUCUCUCUCUCUCUCUCUCUCUCUCUCUCUCUCUCUCUCUCUCUCUCUCUCUCUCUCUCUCUCUCUCUCUCUCUCUCUCUCUCUCUCUCUCUCUCUCUCUCUCUCUCUCUCUCUCUCUCUCUCUCUCUCUCUCUCUCUCUCUCUCUCUCUCUCUCUCUCUCUCUCUCUCUCUCUCUCUCUCUCUCUCUCUCUCUCUCUCUCUCUCUCUCUCUCUCUCUCUCUCUCUCUCUCCUUCCUACUGAACUGCCUUAGAGACUGCCGUGUGUCUUUGAGCAGAGUUGUGUUGCUCUAUCUAAACUGAUGAUGAUGAUGUUCAUAGGAUCCUCUGUGGACUAUGCCUCGGCUGGUUAGUGUAGCCAUCACCUCAAGCUGUACAUAGAUUUUUGUUUUACUCUUUUACUCCUCGAGUUUUUUUGUUCCAAGUGCAGUGUGAUUGUGAAUUGGAUCACACCAGUUGUAAUUUAACUAUCAAAGAAUAAGGGAAAUUGAUUAAACAGCUUUUAUAGCUGUUUGGACUCUAUUGGGCGUAGGAAUUGUCAAUAUAAUGAUAUUUGUAAGAUAAAACUUGGUAAAUCAGUUGUUUUCAUCCUCUGAAAUAACGUCAUAAACGUUGGCUGCCCUUUACCUGGAAAACAUCACAAAAUAUGAGUUUUGUGAAAGUAUACAAACAAAAACAUGUUUUGUUUUGUACAAAUCCUUUUUUGGUACAACUUCUGGGCAUAUUGAUUAUAUGAAUUGUCAUAAAGCUCCUUUAUCUGAAGUUGCUUUUCUUUAUCAGCCGAAAGUGUCUGAUAAUGAGGGAAGGAGAUUGGUAGAGACAGAUUGGUAGAGUGGAGAUAUAUAACCCUGACAUCUGGCUUGUCAUCGCUCUUCUGAUCACUCCAUCACUCUCUCUCUCUUUCUCUCCAUCAAGUCUGUUCAUCACGCUGCGCCUAUUUAUGAAACAAUAACUGUAGGUGUUUUUUUUAAAAGCCCUUAUGUUUAAUAGCGUUGAUGAUGGCUGUCUUCUCUUGUUUCAUUUGGGUUCCUUUCUCUUUGGCAGAAAAACGUCUCCAGGCAACAACAAUGUGAAGAAUUGUAUUCUUAUUUUUAGUUUCUAAUGUGUUUGAAAGAAAUAAAGUCAAACCUGCAUUUUUGUGUGCAGUAAUCACUCA